AUGUUUUCUAUAAACGAACUUUUUGACUGGGCUGGAUCAAAUCUAGCUCAGAAAAAUUAUAAAAACGCAGAACAAAUUCUGGCAGCUGGUCAUUUAAUAAGAUGUGGUAAGAAUAUUGAAAAAGUAAACAGUGACGUUGUGAGUUUUACAGCAUUGUGUUUACAAAGUUCUCACGUAAAAGAAAAACCUCAUGAAAUUGAAGGCUUAAUUUCAAAGUCGGGAAAAUUUUUAUCGGUUAAUUGUUCGUGUAAGGCUGGUAAGGGCGCAAAAUGUAAACACGUGGUGGCUGCUUUAUUAUAUUGCUACCGAUGUGAAUGGAAAAAUAAGCAAGAUCGUAUUCUAAAAGAAUAUAAUUUGACCUCGAUUCACCAACAUGCUUGUUUUUCCAAGGUGAAACGUAAGUGCCAAAGUAACCAAGAUGCGAGAAAUGACCCAGUAACUGUUAAUAAUUCUGUAAGUGAACAAGAUUAUAAUGAAGACCUUGAUGAAGUUCACGAAGGUGAAGUCUUUGAAGAAGUGGUAUCUACCAGUGCUAUAAAACGAAAGUAUCCAGGAUGGAGCACCGUAAAAAGUCUUACUGAGGAUCAGAGAAUGCUCAUAGUUGAGAAAGUUCAGGCUAAAUUAAAAGACUCGGCGUUUGUUAAACAUUAUGUUGGAAGGCAUGAACCCAUUGUAAUUGAUCGUAAUCAAAAUCUCGACGUUUCUGAUAUGGAAAAGCAACAACUGAAGGUGAUAUUUACGUUACAACGAAGUGAAUUGAUGGAAGAUAUUAAAAAGUGGCAUAAAGAAAGGCGAUUCCGGAUAACUGGAUCAACUUGCUAUCAGCUUUUUACUUAUACUUCUAAUAAGAAUCCGGAUUGGCAGAAAAAAUGUGAUCCUUUUUUUUCUCCGAAAAACUUUUGGAGUGAAUAUACUGAUUAUGGAAAAAAAACAGAAGGGGAAGCUCGGGAGUGCUUUAGAAAAGCAACGAACAAAGAUAUUAUUGAAACUGGACUAAUCAUAUGUCAACAAAAUCCGUGGCUCGCUUAUUCCCCUGAUGGAGUUAUUUUUAAAGAUGGAAAACCGUCAGAAGUACUGGAAAUUAAGUGUCCUUUCCAAGGAAAAUCCAAGGAUAUUCACACAGUCGUUCAAUCUGUAAUUGGCAAAUUUUUAAUCCAAGACGGUGAAACCAUUAGUUUAAAAAAAAGACAUGAGUUCUAUGGACAAGUGCAAUUAGGAAUGGCUGUCAUUAAUGUCAAGAAAACGUCAUUUGUGAUCUAUUCAUCGUUCGAUAAACGAGCUUUCAUACUGACUGUUGAUUUCGAUAGUGUAUUCGUGAUAAAGAUGUUGACGGCUUUAAAAAAAGCAUAUUAUCAGAAAAUGCUACAUAUUAUUUGUGCAAUUAAACAAGAUUCUAUAAAUAACAACCAAAAUAAUGGCCAAAGAUAAUUAAUAUCCUAACUAAUAUUUAAUUGAAAUAAAUUAUUUAUGGCAUGUGAUAAUACAAUUAAUAAGAAAAAUCUACAUAUUUAUGUUUGUAUUAAUGUUAAGAGAAAUAUUAGUUUUGUAAAACAAAUCGAUAAAUAAAAUGAACAUGAUAUAAGAA